AUGCAGGCAGAAGCGUCCCUGCGCGAGACAGUGCAGAAUCUGCAGGCAGGUGCAAUCGGUGAGCUUAAGAUGCGGGCGACAGUGCUGGUACAGUACCACCUUCACUGCCUUUACUUGAGCAGGCAGAGUUGGAGCAACAGAAGGCCUGUCGAUGCCCUUUGUGUAAACGUUGCAUUGUUGGACUGUGGCCAGGCAUCCAGCAGCAGUACGGCCGAUUCUCACCAGGCGGCAACGAAAGAACUGGCCCACUGCUCAACGUAUGCUUACAGUCUUAAAGUCUUAAAGCCUUCGGAAACGACGACGCUGGAGUUGAAAUCUGCAAGGGCAGAUGCCGACAAGGUCAAAGAAGAGUUUGAAGCGCUCAAGGAGCGAUUCGAUGCGGCUCAGAGGAGUGCUGAAGAGGUGGAGCUGAAGCGCUCGCAGGCAGAGGAAAUGCUUGCAGCUGAGCAGCAGCGCUUGACUGGCGUGCAGGCAGAGCUUGACGUGCACAAAGAAAGCACACGCCAGCUGCAAGCUGAACUCGAUGCGCAGAAGGAAAGUCUGCAGCAAGCCGAGAGGAGCGCGCAAGAAGUCGAGCAAAAACGAUCCGCAGCUGAGGAGCAACUUGCGGCCGAACAGCAGAAGUUGCAGACUGUGCAAGCCGAGCUUGAUGCACAGAAGGAAAGUCUGAAGGAAGCCCAGAGGAACACACAGGAACUUGAACUCAAGCGGUCACACGCAGAGGCACAGCUGGCCACCCAGCAGCAACGGCUGCAGAGCGCGAUGGACGAGUGCGAGAUCUGGAAGCAGCAGGCCACUGCAAGCAAAGACGGAUCGCAAGAAACCGUGAAGAAGCUGCAAGAGACGCUGCUGGCCGAUCUUCAGGCCGAACGCCAACGGUCUGCAACUCUCCAGCAAGAGAUUGCCCUCCAGAGCUCGAAGCAAGCAGCAGAGGCAACCGCCAUGCAGCAGCUUCAAGAUGAACUCAGGCGACAAAAAGAGGCCGAGUUGACGAUGAAGACGACAGUGCAAACGCUUCAGGCAGAGCUGCAACAAGAGAAGGCUGUUGCGCAACAGGAGAUGGCUGCACGGACUGCGACUCAAGCAGCCGAUGUGUCAGAGGCCCGUAAGCUUCAAGAUGAAUUGGUGCGCCAGCAAGCAGCAGAAGUCACCCUGCGCGCAACGAUGCAGAACCUUCAGGAAGAGCUGGCGCAGGAACGGGCUCGUGCUGCAGAGGCUGCGUCAAAGUAUGCCGCAGCGUCGCAGGUGCGCGAGGCUGCCUUGCAAGAGGUUGAUUCCGUGGAGUCGCAGACACGAAACAUUCGGGAGCAGAUGGAGGCGCAGUUGUCAGAAGAAAGGCAGAGAGCCCGAGACUUGGAGGCCAAGUACGAAGCGCUGCGAGACGCCCACGAGACCGCGGUCCGGGUCUUUGCCGAGAACGUCAGCGUCAAGCAGGAGGACGCUUCGGCAAGGAUGUCUCCAGCCGAAGGCUCCAUCGCAGGCCAGGCUCUGCACAUGGCCAUCCAAGAGGCUCUCGGAAAAGAGAAGCUCGUCCGGGAAGGGUUGCUGAAAGACCAGGAGCGCCUGGAAGAGACGACCAAGAGCCUGCGUGAGCAAAUGCAGAAGGUGCAUGUAGUGGCAAGUGAGCUGGAGGCGAAGGUUCAGGAAUCAAAGUCCCGACUUGAUGCAGCUGAAGGUGAACGCCGUGGAAUCGUUCAGACGGUGGUGCACGAAGAUGUCAGGGAUGCCUCCAUGGCAGACCAGGGCCUGCGGAGGCAGAUCGAGUCGGCUCGCCAGGUGGAGCUGCAGCUCGAGAGCAGAGCAUCCGCUGCAAAGGCCUCGCUGGAAGAAGAGCGCUACCGUGUGGAGCAGCUGAAGCAGGAAUACACGCAUCUGUUGCAGGGCCAGCAGGACAUGGUCCAGGCAUCCCAAAAACACUUGGAGACGAAGCUCGAGGAGCUCGGCAGCCAGAUGCGCGAGAUGAAAGCAACGUUUCUGGAGUCUGCACGCACAAACAAGCAGGAGUCCGAUCUCGCAAGCCAAUUGGCAAUGGUCUCCGCUGUUAAUUCGAAGCUGGAGACGGCUGUGGCCGAGCACUUGGGGAUCUUGGGGCAUGGUUUGCACGUCGCAGUCCUUGGCAGUGCUUGGCGCAGGUGUGUGAGGGCUUUGCAUGGUUUGUUGUUUGUGUGUACGCGCAUGGCUUUUUGCGUCUCAAACAUUCCAAGAAUUCAAAAAGUGCGAACGAGGCCAAAGAAGCGAGGAGCCUGGAACCAUCCAGGUGCUUGGCCUCCUCCUGUGGGCCGCACACAACUGCAUACUUUUUUCACAUGCUGGGUAUCAGAACUCGGGAAGGCCGGCGCCUGUGCCUGUGAAGGAGGCUGUGGCUGCACCUCAAGUCGUGCCCUGCCUGGGAUGUCACUGCGUGACUGCGUGUCAUGUUGCUGCAGUGCAGCACACAAAGCGUUGGUAGCUCUUGAUGAGGACAUGGCAGCGCGCCCAGCCAAGUCACCAAAGAGAUCUGCGAUGCAGGAGUUUUGUAAGCCGGGCGUUCUUUGCACGAUCGCUGUGUAA